GCGUCGCCGUGGCAGCAGCAUCCUGACGGCGGGACGGUCGGCGUGUUUACCUUGCGCGUGGUUUGGUACAGAAAGAAAGAACACAAUAUAGCCUAGUAUUCCGAGGACCUGAGCGUUGACACAGAGCCACACAGGUCACAAAGACACAGGGAGCGCCGUGGAGAUGAGUGACGCCAAGAGGAAGCAUGAUGAGCAAGAGGGAGAGGAGGGCAGUGAGGAGGAGUGGAUCGGGCCGAGGCCUCAGGAAGCUGCCGCGGAGCCCAGGAUCAAGAAAAUCAAAGUGCUGGAGCAUGAACAGAUGUACUUGGAGAACCUGCCGUGUGCUGAGUAUUAUGAGAAGAGCUACAUGCACCGGGACACAGUGACUCAUGUGGUGGUGACCAAGACAGAUUUCAUUGUCACUGGAAGCUGUGAUGGCCACAUCAAGUUUUGGAAGAAGCAGGAAGAGGGAGUAGAAUUUGUGAAGCAUUUCCGUGCCCACCUUGGCAAUGUGCAGCAGCUGGCGGCGAACCACUCAGGCACCAGGCUGGUCUCUCUCUCAAAUGACAAGAGUCUGAAGGUGUUUGAUGUGGAAAAUUUUGAUAUGAUCAACAUGAUGAAGCUGGAUUUCAUUCCCUCGACAGGGGAGUGGAUCCAUCCAGCAUCAGACCCACAGCACACACUUGCCGUGGCAGAUUCUGAGAGUCCCAAAAUUUACAUAUUUGACGGUCACGGCACCAACAUACCCCUGCAUGUAUUGGAGACCAUCCACACCAAGCCUGUCACAAUCAUAAAGUACAACCACAGAUUUGACGUUGUUCUCUCUGUGGAUGAGAUCGGCAUGAUUGAGUAUUGGGCUGGAUCAAAGAAGGACUUCCAGACACCAACUUGUGUCAACUUCAGAUCAAAACUGGACACUGAUUUGUUUGAGUUUGUGAAGAACAAGACAAUGCCACGGUGCAUGACCAUCUCACCCGACGGACUGCACUUUGCCACAAUCGGUGAUGACAAGAAAGUAAGAGUGUUCAAGUUCCUUACUGGAAAAAUGACCAGAGUGUUUGAUGAAAGCUUGCAGCACUACAUUGAGCUGCAGCAACAGAAACAGCAGAUUCCUAACAUGGAGUUUGGCAGGCGGUUGGCCGUGGAGCGAGAUGUGGAGAAGGGAGGAGCUCUAGGAGUGUGCAACAUCUUGUAUGAUGAGAGUGGCUACUUCCUCCUGUAUGCCACCAUGCUUGGGGUGAAGAUUGUCAACCUGCACAACAACCACCUGGUUCGGACGAUUGGGAAGCCAGAGAACUUGCGCCUGCUGAACCUUGCACUCUUCCAGGGUAAAGUGAAGAAGAACAAAGGUCCCCUCACCAUGGAGAUGGAGGCUUCAGAAAAUCCUGCCCUGGAUUCCAUCAAGGCAGACCCAACACUGGUGGCCACAGCCUUCCGAAAGAACCGCUUCUAUCUCUUCACGAGACGAGACGCCACAGACACCAAGAGUGUGGACACUGAUCGGGAUGUCUUCAAUGAGAAGCCUUCCAAGGAGGACAUCAUUGCUGCUACAGAACAAGGAGGUGCUCAGAGAUUGUAUGAAACAGCAGUGCUCCACACAUCACUUGGGGACAUCACACUGAAGCUCUUCCCCAAGGAGUGUCCCAAGACAGUAGAGAACUUCUGCGUGCAUGUCAAGAACGGUUACUACAACGGCCACUUGUUCCACCGUGUCAUAAAACAGUUCAUGAUUCAGACGGGAGAUCCACUGGGAACUGGUGUUGGUGGGGAGAGCAUUUGGGGAACAGAGUUUGAGGAUGAGUUUCACCCCUCCCUUCGUCAUGACCGCCCUUACACUCUCAGCAUGGCAAAUGCUGGUCCAAACACCAAUGGUUCUCAGUUCUUCAUCACAGUCAUUCCCACACCCUGGCUGGAUAACAAGCACACAGUGUUCGGCCGAGUCAUCAAGGGAAUGGAGGUGGUGCAGAACAUCUCGAACGUCAAGACCAACCCUAAGACAGACAAGCCAUACGAUGACAUCACCAUAAUAUCAGUGUCUGUGAAAUGAAGUGUGAAAAAAAUUUUGUGCUGUAUAUGUGCGUACUUUAUUCAAGAACUGCUAUGUGGAAGUUUAAAAAGAAGCUGCAGGAAUUGAUGCCUGGAUGACAGUUAUUUCCAAGCAUAGAUAGACUGUAGUAAGCAUGUAAGUCUGUUGGGAUGUUGUGACAGUUUUGUAUGGGAAUCUUGAUGGAUGUACACUUCCAUGGCGAUUCUUGUUUUACAUUGAAAGGCUAGCUCUCUCACUGAGGCUGGUGAGCUGCCAGGUAGUGCAGUGGUCCGCAUUCUUGUCCCACAGCCCAUGCAUUCAUGGUUCAGACCCCCUGGCCAGUGAAGACUACUGCAUGGGCUGGACUUUUAUCACUAAGACCUCUGUUUACCUGACAGAAAAUAGAUAUGGAUACAUGUAAGUUCUGGUGUUGUGACUUCAUAGUGUGACAGGAGAGGAGACUUGCAGUCCUGCUCAGCUUCCAAGUGUGCGUUACUGAUUAUACAUGACUAAAGCAGUUCGUGCCACACUUCCCAAAGGGCAUUUAAUUUUUACAUACUACUCGGUGUCUCCUAAGUGGAUGGGGUGGCACACAACAAAAAUUUGAAUGCUCGGAAACAUUUGAAUCGAUUUGCAGACGCAUCUGCCGACACGCCAGGCCAGCAUCCUCUAUGAAGGAGGGUGGCCGAGACAAAGGAGCACGUGCAAAACAUUCACAAUCAAAUUCACAAGCAUUCCCUCACAUCUCAGCCUCUAGGCCUCUAGAGGAGAAAGGACCAAUCCUCACUGACCACACUGUGAUGUUCACCACAGCUAAAAUAAUUGAAGCAUUUAGCUUGGCAUGACAUAUAAUAAAAUCUUAUACAUCA